AUGCAUAAAACGGAGCCAGGCGUUUGUCUUAUGGUUCAAGUAAUGAGAGGAUCGUCAGAAGAGCGGACGUCAAUCGCUGUGAGGGUAAAGAACGAGCGUAGGAAUGGUAGGUCCGGGGUCCCGGGGGUAGUAUUGCAGUUGAGAUAUCCAGCCAACCCGCGUGCAGAAUGGGAGACGAGACAACGAACGAACGAACCCCAGCCGCGAGCCACGUCGGUCUCUUUGCUUACCUUCUCAGCGUCCUUGGUGGAUAUGUCUCUUCUUCAGCAGCCGCACCGACGCCAUCAGGAGUCUUCCACGUCGUCCCGGCCGUCAAUGUCUGCUUCUCAAAGGAAAUGGUUGAUGGAAAACGAAGAAGUUGAGCCAUGUCGUGCGCGCUUCCUAAUCGAGAACAACCCCCGCCAAGACCGCGCCAAGUCUAGCAAUCAAACAGUGGUUGUCACUUGA